AUGCAGCGUGUAGGAAACAAAAUCGUGCACCGAUUUGAUCGAAGAAACGAGGUAUUUGAGGUGCGUGAAAUGUCAAGUGGACGAGUGUUAGUAGUUAAUCUUGCACGACGAAAAUGCGACUGUGGGCAUUUUCAGGUGGAGCGACUUCCAUGUCGCCAUGUGAUUGCGUGUUGUGCUAACCAGCGCCUCGAUUGGCAGGUGUAUGUCAGUAAUGUGUACAAGAUAUCGCAAAUUUGCAAGAUCUAUAAAAUUGAGUUUGUCCCCGUGGGCGACACGGCGACGUGGACUGAUUACCAGGGACCAACGAUGAUCGCAAAUCCUGCCCUGAGACGAACAUUAAAAGGUCAUCCCAAAUCAACUCGUUAUUUGAAUGAAAUGGAUUCACGGAAAAUGCGUGGGCCACAGGUAUGCCGUCUUUGCGGGAGGCAGGGUCAUAGUCAUAGUAGAUGUCCUCAACGUGCUGGACCGAGUGGGGUUGGUGGUAGUGGUGGUUCAUAA